CAACCUGGGACCAGUGAGACUGUUCUUUAAGCUAUUACUUAGUGCCAAGAUGAAGAAUCCGGAUUAGUUAGUUGUAUAUAUUUAUUAGGGAAACACUGUGGAAGACACCAUGAACCAGGAGCUGAAGAGAAAGGUGCUCACUUGCUUCAAACAGCUGCAUCGAACCCGUUUGACUGUGUUCCAGGGGGAUACAAAUGCUCUUGCUGCUGCUCGUGAACAAAUCAAUGGUGAAUUUACCAAGAAUAUAAAUGUGUCAAACAGUGAUUCCAUUGAAGAGCUCAUCACCUUCGGACAACAAGUAGAAGAAGUCUUGCGGACGAGUGUUAUACAAGCUGUCAAGAGGGAGGAUGGGACUUACAGUGCAAGAAUUCUUGAGGACACCCUCAGAUUGGACAACAAACCUUACCAGCCAAUGCCAGAGAAUAUGAUUGGACCAUUCAAGAAAAAAAAGACAAAAUGUAGUAAAUAGAUGACACCAUUGUUAACAUUUUCAAAUCAUAGACAGAUAAUGUAUAAAGUUUAUUGACAUAAUAUAUUGAAUCUAUGUCUAGUGCACACAUUAAAAAAGUAUAGACAAAUCUGUAGAUUUGAUUCAUAAUACAGUACAUUAAGUUAAGUAAAUUUUGUUUCCAUGCCUUUCUUAAAAGAAAAUAUUGUAUAGUAUAAGUUAAAUAAAUUUUGUUUCCAUGCCUUUCUUAAAAGAAAAUAUUGUAUACUAGGUGUUGAGGAAGCAUCAGAAACUCUGGGAGUUAAAUAAAUAACUAAGUGAUGAGCUGAUCUGGACUUUGUUGAUAAUUUCUAUAAUAAAUAUAAGCUCAUGGUGGGAAAAAUGAGAAGAAAUUUAAGUUAACACACUUGGGUUUGAGUAGGCGCCCUCCCGUGAGAUCCUCAGGAUCUGGCCUGUUACCUCACCACACUUGAUUGCACCACACAAUACACAAUUGUAUGUAAUGAGUCAAAGUAAGCUUGCUAUUUGAAAUAAAAAGAUGAGAUUUGUUGCAUUAGCAUUAUAAAUAAAUUAUCUACAACA